AUGGUGAUUGUGCCGCCCACGAUCGAGGACGCCCACAGCAGUCCUGACGUCGAAGUGAAGGAGGGGGAGGAGGCAAGGCUGUCGUGUGGAGCUACAGGUACACCCACGCCCACUAUCCUCUGGCGAAGGGAAGAUGCGCGUCUGAUCCGCUUGCCGGGACAGCAAGAGCCGAUGUGGAAGGGAAGCACUCUCGUCCUGCCUCAUACGAGAAAGGAAGACAUCGGUGCAUACCUUUGCAUAGCUAACAACGGCGUCCCUCCUUCGGUUAGCAAGAGAGUGCGCCUCAAUGUACGCUUCGAGCCAGUCGUUCGUGCUGGCGUUCCUUCAGUGUCCACGCCCCUCGGAGGCUCUGUGAACUUCUCCUGCGUCGUGGAUGGGUGGCCGACGCCCUCCCUGCACUGGAUGCGGGAUAAUGGGCAGCCUGUGGUCGGCCAGAACAAGGUUUACCAGCUGCAGGACAGGAUUCGAGAGACUGGAGGUACAGGUUAUUGUACGGCAGUUGCUUUAACUGGCACGGGAUGCAGAGGCGUUGGGCGGAUUAAAGUAGGUAUUGAUAUUGCUAUAGAUAUAGGGUACAGAGAGGUCGGUAUCAAUAUAGAUGUUGACGUUCAGAAGUACGUCACCAGCAUCACACGCGUCAACGAUACCCGACACGUGAUGAGUCUGACGAUCAACAACACAGAGGCUACGGACCUUCUCGGUUACCGGUGUAGAGCCAAUAACAGCGAGGGUACAGCGGAGGCCCGAGUUCUUGUUCAGGAGUUAAUAACCACUACCACCACCACCACCACCACCACGACCACCACCACUACUACCACGACUACUACGACCACCACUUCUGCGCCACCCACUGCUGACGACCCGCUGAUGUGGAGGCCCGGCAUAGGUAUGUAUGGGCGUCUUGUUGCAAUAUUAAUACUCCUUGGGUUAUCGUUCAUGAGGGUGUUGGAUAUCGCCAAGGCUUUCAAAACACGUUUCUCCACAGAGGGAAUGAGGGAAGGCACUGAUCUUGGUCGACGUCAAACGCCGAGUCCGGUCUUGGCCUCUGUAAGGCACAAGGGUCAGACUGGGUCAGCUGGUCCCGGGGAGCUGGGCGAGGGAGACGUCCUGGGUCAGCAGCAACAGCAGCAGCAACAGGACAAUGAGGACAACCACUGGGAAAAACAGAGAGGUCGCCAGACUUUCACUUACACGGCUGCUGGUACCUCCGGCGCCUCAGCUCUCGACUCGCCAGGAAGCCAGACCUCCUUGGCUUUCCUCCUGCCCGUCCUCGUCUUCCUGUUCCACCUUCCUUCUGUCUUCCUCCCCCUUCCUUCGUCCCUUUGUCUCUUCCGUGCCUCUCCCUCUUCCGUGGGGGGGCCGCUCCCCUCCUCGCGCCCUCCCCCCAGUCGCAGGGCAAGAGGGAUGCAAGGGGGAGAGGAAAAUACUGUAAUUAGAGUCGGUUGUGAAUAUGGAGAUGACAAGCGGUGCGGAGACUAGCUUGCAAGAAUGAAUUAAAGGAAAAUGAAGUGAUGAAAUGUGUGCGCCCAGAUCCUCCCGUCUCAGGCUGAGUGAAAUGCGGAGGGAGAGAGAAAAAAGAAAAAGGAAAAAAAAAACAAGAAGAACGGGGAGAAAGAGAAAGAGAGAAAAGAGGCGAUAUAAUGGAGGAAGAUUACAGAUAACGACGGUUUAGAUCUGCUCGUGUGUGUUGACUUGACUUUGCGAGCACGCGAUGCUGAGCAGAUGGGUAGCAAUGAGAUCACAAUCCAAGGAAAAAAGUAGAUCGGAUA